AUGUGGGGAUUGGUGUAUAAAGGAGGAUCACGCUUCAAUCCAUACAGACAUUUUGGACAACCAACUUUGUGGCCAAGAGGCUACCCUCUUAGUUCCAUUGGAGAAAACAUCUCUACUGAAUAUGUACUGAAUCACUGGAAAACACCAUCUAUUCAACAGGGUGUGGUCAACGGUGACCCGGAUAUGGAUGCCAUUUUUAGACUGACCCGGAAACAAACCCACUCCCAGCUCAAUGUGACCUUUGAUGACCGAGCUCCACCAGCAAUUGUUCCAGCUGGUGUAUUCUCUCCCUUUAAUUCCCAGAAUACCCUUUUCCUCUAUGAUGCAGUAUGGGCUCUCUUGAUUCCAACUACAACCACGUUCCGGGUAUGUGACAUCUGGAGAGGCUACUGGGCUCAGAGACUUCUUUGGGAGAUGGGAGGAAACCUGGGAUUCUUUCCACCAAAUGCUUACCAAAAGAGGAAUUCACAUUCCUACAUCCGGGAUGCUGUGAAUGAAAAGGAUUUGUAUUUUCAAACUGAACGUCUUGUCGACUUCCUCCAAACGUGGACAUGUGAACCAAUCAAACCAUUCUUUGCCUGCAUGACUAAACUGUCUAUAGACAUGGCACAUGCGAAAUUUUGGAAGGCAGCGGAUGCUGACCUCAUUAACCUCUGGAUCAAAGACCUCAAAGCUCUGGGAAACAAAGAACCAAGACGAAUUCCAUUCCGUUCGCUUCAAAACGGCGUUCAAGUCACACUAGAUCCGAAAUUGACAAAGCAAACACGCCUGACAAAUCAACAGGUCAAUGUCACAUUCUGGGCAGCUGAACAGACACCACCUCAAAUAUAUUCCACAGGCGUACCCGUCGACAAUAUUCAUUCUACUCCGCGUACUGACAAGAAACAGCCGCUGACGAAACUUCCAGCAAAAAUGUUUAUGAAGAAAUGGUUUUUGUGUCUGAUACUUCUCAGUGUUGGAUGUUUACUUGUAAUUUUCAUCAAUGUGAGCAGUUCAUCAUCAUUAAUUUAUUUAAAGAAGUGGAUCCAAAAUUAUACAAGCAGCAUCAGCAAUCGUGACUACUACGACAGAAUAGAAACUUACAAACAUAUGAAGGGGGACAGGUGGAUUGUGCUCACAACGAUUGCUCACCCUACUCCUGACGUCCAGUUUCUUGUCAACAUUCCUGGAUGGAAUGUAGUGGUGGUUGGUGAUACCAAGACCCCGGCCAGUUGGAGAUUACCAAACUGCGUGUAUUUAAGUUUAGAGGAUCAACAGAAAAUGCCUUUCGAAACAGUAGGUUUUCUACCAAGAAACAGCUACGCAAGAAAAACAGCAGGAUAUCUGUAUGCUAUUUCUAAAGGGGCACAAAUCAUAUACGAGACCGAUGAUGACAAUCGACCACAAGACUUACUAAAGAAUUUCGUCCAAGAAAGAACAAUGUGGGGAUUGGUCUAUAAAGGAGGAUCACGCUUCAAUCCAUACAGACAUUUUGGACAACCAACUUUGUGGCCAAGAGGCUACCCUCUUAGUUCCAUUGGAGAAAACAUCUCUACUGAAUAUGUACUGAAUCACUGGAAAACACCAUCUAUUCAACAGGGUGUGGUCAACGGUGACCCGGAUAUGGAUGCCAUUUUAGACUGA